AUGGUCCCACAGGACGUCCUCAUCCCUGAACUGGAGGGACACAGGUCACAGCUCCAGCGGCACGAGCGACACCGCUCCGGGGCUGCCGGGCACCGGCGGAUCCCUGGGCGCGAGUGCCGAGGGCCGGGCCGGGCUGUGCCGCUCCCGCAGGUCCCGGCUCCGCUCGAGAAUGGUCGGAGCCCAUUCUCGGUGACUGAGGCUGUGCCCCGUCCCUUGCACGGCGCCGGCACUGCCGACCCCACGCACCACGUGAGGACCCAGGUCAUUGGAUCGGGAGCCAUGUCCCAGCAGCCCCAGGUGCCCUUUGGGGUGCAGAACCCCUCACCCCACGGGAGCUCCGUGACUUUGGUGCUUCGUGUGAGGCCCCCCCCCCCCCCCUCCCCCAGCCCCCGGGAGCGAGCUGCACCCCCUGUCCUGCACAUCCUGAACCAGCACGGGGUGCUGAUCAGCCCCAAGAAGCCCGGAUGCACUGGUAGCCCCACGCUGCCCGCUUGCAGCCACACAAACCUCAAAUUUGUGUUCGACCACAUUUUUGACAAAGGGGCCACACAGGAGGAGGUGUUCCAGCACACCACACUCCCUCUUCUGGAACCGCUCCUCGCUGGCUACAGCUGCUCUGUGUUUGACUCCAGUGGCUCGGUAGUCAGGAAAACCCACACCAUAGUUGGCUGCAAGGCCAGUCCUGGCAUUGUGCACCUGGCCAUGGUGGAGCUGUGCAAGAGGCUCAAAGCCAUGAAGGACAAGAGCUGUGAGGUCCUCGUCUCCUACCAGAAGGUGUACAAAGAGCAUGUCUAUGACCUGCUGGAGCCCUGGGGCCCGGUGAACAUCUGGGCACAGGGUGUCUCCUUCCACCAGCCCACAUCACCAGAGCAGCUCCUGGACAUGUUGGCCAAGGGUAACAAAAAGCAGGCACAGUGUCACACCAAGGCCAGUGCCACCUUCCGCUCCCACACCAUCCUCCAGAUCCAGGAGAAUGAGUGAGACCCCGCUGGCAGCCUCGUCGGGGACCUGCGUGUGGUCAAGCUGAGCUUGGAGCGAGCUUGGGACACCCCGGGCCGGGGAGAGGGGCUGUGGGAGGGCACCAGCAUCACCCGCUCGCUGCUGGCCCUCAAAGGCAUCGUCCGUGUGCUGGCCAGAGCCAAGGGUGGGCAGAGCCGCGUGCUUUUCCAGGACAGCAAACUGCUGAAGGACCCGCUGGGCAGCAGCUGCUGCAGCACCGUGAUCGCGGCCGUGAGCCCCGCGGCGCCCGCCGGUCCCGACACUUGAAGCACGCUCCGGUUCGCCAGCUGGGCCAGGCACGUCCUGCUGCCGUCCCUGCAGCACACCGGGAUGUCUCCCUGCAGCCCCAGAGCAGCCUCCCUGUGUGAUUUGCAGGUCCAAGCCAGGACACCAAGUCCUAUUCUGCAAGACCUGUCUGGGCACCAGGAACAGAACCUCUGCCCUGAUGAAAUAACUGCGAAGACAAAGGAAGUGGAGGUCCUGGCACUGGAGGAAGCUGUAGGGCUGGAGGAAGCUGCACCUCCCUGUAGCCCCACAGAACCCAGUGAGGCUGCCCCAGCCCCAGGAAUGCAGUUGAGCUGUGCAGCCGAAGCGCCUGUCACCAUGCCAGACCCCGCUGUGCCCAGUACCGACUCGGAAUGCUCCCAGGAGCUCUCUCCGUGCUCCAUUCCCAGGCCGACAUCUCCAGGUUAUGGGAGGAAGCAAUGGCACAAGUAUUGCCACUUUGGAACUCACCCCCAAGCUGUUCCAUUUAAAGCCCCUCAGACUGGCCAGCCCACAGCUGAAGGUUCUCUUGCCCUCUCUAACAGGCACAUAGAUGACAACACUCCAGAGAUGCAGGCGACAGGCAAGUUCCAGAGUGGGUGA